CCGUCCCUCUUGACAGAUUUUUGUCUGCCGGCAUUUUCUUUUUGUUUUGCCUGUGCCGACUUUAGCUCCUAGAUUAACCACCUGUGUUGUUGACCCGCUGUACGAACACCAGCGAAGUCUACUUCCGUCACCGUAGUCUGCUGCACAAAUGCCCGGAUUUUCAGACCGAGAUCGCGGCAGAGAUAGAGGGUAUGGUGGAGGACCUCCUCGUUUUGGUGGUGGUGGUGGAGGAGGUGGAGGUAACAGGAGCGGACCUCCUCCAGGAAAGUUUGGCAACCCUGGUGAGAAGCUGCGGAAGAAGCACUGGAACCUUGAUGAGCUUCCAAAGUUUCAAAAGAACUUCUACCAGGAGCAUCCGGAUGCAACUCGCAGACCCCUUCAAGAGGUUGAACUGUACCGAAGAACCAAAGAAGUUACGGUCAAAGGCAGAGAUCUCCCCAAACCAAUUAUAAAAUUCCACGAAGCUGCAUUUCCAAGCUACGUCAUGGAAGUCAUUGUCAAACAAAACUGGACCGAUCCAACUCCAAUUCAGUCUCAGGGGUGGCCAUGUGCCCUGAGUGGCAAAGACAUGGUUGGCAUCGCUCAAACUGGUUCUGGGAAAACCCUUGCAUAUCUUCUACCUGCAAUUGUGCACAUCCAACAUCAGCCAUUCUUGGAGCACGGAGAUGGACCCAUUUGCUUGGUGUUGGCGCCGACCCGUGAACUGGCUCAGCAGGUGCAGCAAGUGGCUGCUGAAUACGGCAGGGCAUCCCGUCUCAAGAGCACCUGCAUCUACGGCGGUGCCCCCAAAGGACCCCAAAUCAGGGACCUCGAGAGAGGUGUUGAGAUCUGCAUUGCUACCCCGGGUCGUCUCAUUGACUUUCUUGAGUGUGGAAAGACUAAUUUGCGUCGCUGCACCUAUCUGGUGCUGGAUGAAGCAGACCGCAUGUUGGAUAUGGGAUUUGAACCGCAGAUCCGUAAGAUAGUGGAACAAAUUCGGCCGGACCGUCAGACCCUGAUGUGGAGCGCCACCUGGCCUAAGGAAGUCCGCCAGCUGGCUGAGGACUUCCUGAAGGACUACGUCCAGAUCAACAUUGGCGCACUGCAGCUCAGUGCCAACCACAACAUCCUACAGAUAGUCGAUGUUUGCAAUGAUAUGGAGAAGGAAGACAAACUGAUCCGUUUGCUGGAGGAGAUAAUGAGUGAGAAGGAGAAUAAGACCAUUAUUUUUGUUGAGACCAAAAGGCGCUGUGAUGAGAUCACAAGGAGGAUGAGAAGAGAUGGGUGGCCAGCGAUGGGAAUUCAUGGAGACAAGAGCCAGCAGGAGAGGGACUGGGUCCUAAACGAGUUCCGAUAUGGCAAAGCUCCAAUCCUCAUCGCUACAGAUGUGGCCUCCCGUGGCUUGGAUGUGGAGGAUGUGAAAUUUGUCAUCAAUUAUGACUACCCUAACUCCUCCGAGGAUUAUAUCCAUCGCAUUGGACGCACAGCCCGAAGUCAAAAAACGGGCACAGCCUACACCUUCUUCACCCCCAACAACAUGAAACAAGCCAGUGACCUGAUCUCUGUGCUCCGCGAGGCCAAUCAGGCCAUUAAUCCCAAACUGAUCCAAAUGGCAGAUGACAGAGGAGGUCGCGGAAGGGGUGGAAGAGGCGGCUACAAGGAUGACCGUCGGGAUAGGUAUUCUGGGGGUGGGAGAAGCAGCUUUGGCGGUAGUAGCUACAGGGACAGCGACAGAGGGUUUGGCAAUGGGCCGAAGAGUGCCUUCGGUGGCAAUAAGGCUCAAAAUGGUGGCAGCUAUGGAGGUAAUGGUGGUAAUUCAAGUGGUAGCUAUGACGACAACAAUUACAGCAACGGCCAGGGGAAUUUUGGUGCUCCGGCAAAUCAGGUGGGUGCCUUUGGUAACCAGAGCUUCCAGGGCCCCCCUCAAUUUGGGGCGAUGCAGAGGGCCGGUCAGAAUGGCAUGAACCACCCACCAUUCUCAUUCAACUCUCAGCCACCACCACCACAGGCUCAACAGCCACCACCUCCACCACCAAUGGUGCCCUACUCCAUGCCACCACCCUUCCCACAGUAGAUAUGAUAUACGCACAAUAUAUGGAACCAACAUGAUUUUGGUUUAGUCCUGAAAUAUUACAGGUUUAUUAUUUUUACUGUUUAACUUUUGCUUUGCUUACAGCAGGGUUGGUAUCAUUUAGUAAACCCAAAGCAUUAAAUGGAGUCGUAGACAAGUCUCCUAGUGCAAUUAUGACUGCUGCACUUUUUCCUUGUUUUGGGAACAUUCCUCAGUAAUUUAUUUUUACUAGGUAAUGCAAUGUUUUCAGUUUGUAUUAUGGUUUAAAGUGAUGUUAUGAAUCAUAAAAAAGGGUGUGUGAUGCCCUUUUGAAUAAAAAUAAUAAAAUGGGA